AUGGAUUCUAAGUACAACAUGACUAUCUACAGAGAUGAGCUUGAGACAAUCUUGGCCAAAACUGCUACAGAAAACAAGAUUGUGAUAAUAGCAGUAGUAAACAAAGCCUAUGUUGAAGGAGACAAGUCCAUGCUUGAUCUCUUCUUGGAUGGUUUUUGGCUAGGCGAAAAUACUCCGGGCUUGAGAGAUCAUCUCUUAAUCGUAGCCGUCGAUCAAAUGGCCUACGAACGGUGCAUGUUUCUUAAGCUUUACUGCUAUAAGCUUGAAACGGACGGUGUAGAUUAUGAUGGGAAGAAGCUGUUUAUGUCUGGUGAUUUUGUGAAGAUGAUGUGGAGGAGGACUACGUUUCUUGGAGAUGUACUCAAACAUGACUACAACUUCAUUUUCACGGACACUGACGUAAUAUGGUUAAGAAAUCCAUUUCCAAGGCUCAAUCCAAAUGAAACAGUAGACUUACAAAUCAGUACUGAUGUGUUCUAUGGCAAUGAAUGGUCCAAAUCCAACAAGAUCAACACCGGUUUCUACAUGGUUAGAUCGAACAACAAGACCAUUGCAUUGUUUGAUAAUUGGUAUGCAAAGAAAGACAAGUCCACCGGAAUGAAAAAAGAAGAAGAUGUUCUAGAGAUGCUCUUGCAUGAAGGUGUGCGUAAAGGUUUAGGCCUCAGGGUGAGGUUCUUGGACACUCUGUUUUUCAGUGGUUUUUGUCAAAAGAGCAGUGAUGUUAGUGCUGUGGUAACAGUCCAUGCAAAUUGUUGUCGUAGUAUAAGUGCCAAAUUGAUUGAUCUGAUGGAUGUUAUUCAUCAUUGGAAGACAUUCAAGAACUUGCCUACAAAUGAGACAUUGACAAUUGAAUGGUCAAGGCACUUGGCUUGUGUAAAUUCCUGGAAAUUUUGAGUAUAUUUAGUUUUGCUUGAAUUGUGUGAUCUUGAAAUCUUUUAUUUUUUAAUUUUUGUUGUGGUAGGGGGUGGUUGGUCGGAACUAUA